AAAGUGUCGCUUGUUUACUAAAAUGGCGUCAGCUGCUGUAGUAACGACUUCCUCCGGCAAAGAUGCUGUCGCGGAGGGGCUGCUCGACCUGCUGAGACCAGCCAUCCAGCAGCUCGACGUGCACGUCCACUCAGUGAGAGAAAGCCAGGUAGAACUAAGAGAACAUAUAGACAAUCUGGCUACAGAGUUGUGCCGGAUAAAUGAACACCAAAAGGUGGCUCUAGACCUGGACCCUUAUGUGAAGAAGCUGCUGAAUGCAAGACGUAGAGUGGUGCUUGUGAACAACAUCCUGCAGAAUGCUCAGGAACGUCUGAGACGACUUAACCACAAUGUGGCCAAGGAGACCGCUCGACGAAAGACCAUGCUGGAGGCUUCAGGAGUGUUCACCUCCCGCUCGCCCAGUAAACCCUGAACCUGCUCCCGCUCUGUCCUCACACAUUGCUGAAAACUGCAACCGGAUGAGGACUUUCCUUCCUUUGGUUUAGUCAGCCGUUUGUCCAGUAAUGUGCUUUCCUGCAAUGCUUUGUCCAAUGUUGUUUUCAAAAUAAAAAUUCUGGCUGCAAUCUGA